AUGAAACAACCCACUGGAUACGUUGAUCCUACACAGCCUAAUCAUGUUUGUCUAUUACAUAAAGCACUUUAUGAUCUUAAGCAGGCUCCUAGGGGCUGGUUUGAACAAUUAAAAAGUACUUUACUCAAGUGGGGUUUCAAGUGUUUAACUUCAGAUACAUCUCUUUUCAACACAACCAUGAAAGGUGCUCCUCUGUUUCUGUUGGUGUAUGUGGAUGACAUCCUCAUCACAGGUGCUAAUUCCUCCACAAUUGCUCAGCUCAUUCAUGAUCUACACUCUAAAUUUGCGCUGAAGUUACUUGGAUCCGUGAGCUAUUUUCUGGGUUUUGAGGCCAUUAGAACAGUUGUUGGUUUAUUUCUUACUCAGUUCAAAUAUGCUACUGAGUUACUUCAAAAGACAAGUUUUGAUGACUCCAAAGAAGCCCCAACUCCAAUGAUACUUGGUAAUAAACUUUGUCUAGGUAACCGUCCCUUGUUUGACAAAUCAGAAGUAUAUCGCAGUGUCCUUGGUGCUUUACAAUAUCUUACUCUUACAAGGCCAGAUUUUUCCUUCUCAGUUAACAAACUAAGUCAGUUCAUUAAAGCACCUACUGUCAAUCACUGGACUGCCUAUAAACGAGUACUUAGGUACAUACGAGGCACCAUCCAUCUUGGACUCCACUUUAAACCAACUGCUGUUAUGAGCUUAGAAGAAUACUCUGAUGUUGAUUGGGCAUCCAAUUUGGAUGAUCGAAAAUCUACAAGUGGAUUUUGUCUAUUCCUUGGCGGAAAUCUAAUAAGUUGGGGGUCACGCAAGCAACAAGCUAUUGCUUGCUCUAGCACAGAAUCAAAAUAUCAUGCACUGGCUUCUACUGCCACUGAACUUAUAUGGCUCCACUCCUUACUCACUGAACUCGGUAUCAAAAUCUCCAUGGUUCCUACCUUGUGGUGUGAUAAUCAAGGAGCUCAAGCCUUAACUAUCAACCUUGUUUUUCAUUCACAAACCAAACACAUCGAAGUAGAUGUGCAUUAUGUUCGAACUCAAGUUGCUGAAAAACGGUUUGAAGUCAGAUACAUUCCAUCUACUGAACAGCCUGCUGACUUGUUCACCAAACCAAUCACUUCUCCUAGAUUUGAAUUUCUUUGUGACAAGCUGAACCUGGAUUAUUCCAACUAUAGCUUGAGGGGGGCUGUUAGGAAUAUAACAAAUUCCAUUCUUGAGUCUUAG